AUGGGCUUCCUAUGUGAGGAUAAAGUUGACCAACUGUCAAACGAUCAGAUCGAAGAGUUUAAAGCCGCCUUUGAGAUGUUUGACAAAGAUGGCGACGGCACCAUCACGAUUGUUGAGCUGGGUAAGAUUUUGCGGACGUUAGGCCAGACCCCGACAGACAAGGAACUCAAGGAGAUGGUGGACAAAGUAGACGCCGAUGGCAAUGGGGAGAUUGGUUUUGAAGAGUUCUUAGUGAUGAUGGCGAGCACUGCACAAGCAGGUUCCGCGUCGGAUGCAGAUCUCCAGAACGCCUUCCGGUGCUUUGACACCGACGGCAACGGUUACAUCAGCUUGGACGAGCUGAAACAGGUGAUGGAAAACCUGGAUGUGAAGAUGUCCAUGGACGAGGUGAAGGAGAUGUUGAAAGAGGUAGAUGAUGACAACGAUGGCAAUGUCAGUUUUGAAGUACAAUUAGUAUAUGAAUUAGAGAGAGAGAGAGAGAGAGAGAGAGAGAGAGAGAGAGAGAGAGAGAGAGAGAGAGAGAGAGAGAGAGAGAGAGAGAGAGAGAGAGAAAUUCAAAGAGCUUUCUCCCUGUUUGACAAAGACGGUGAUGGCACCAUUACCACAAAGGAGCUGGGCACUGUGAUGAGAUCAUUAGGACAGAACCCAACAGAGGCAGAGCUACAGGAUCUAAUUAACGAAAUCGACGCAGAUGGAAAUGGUGAGAUAGAUUUUCCCGAAUUUCUCACAAUGAUGGCGAGAAAGAUGAAGGACAAAGAUGGCGAAGAAGAAAUACGAGAAGCAUUCCGAGUGUUUGAUAAAGAUGGGAAUGGAUUUAUCAGUGCAGCUGAGUUACGACAUGUUAUGACAAAUCUGGGUGAAAAAUUAACGGAUGACGAGGUGGACGAGAUGAUCCGAGAGGCGGAUGCUGACGGAGAUGGACAAGCUGACCAAUUACAGGAAGAACAGAUUGCAGAAUUCAAGGAGGCUUUCUCCCUAUUUGACAAAGACGGUGAUGGCACCAUUACCACCAAGGAGCUGGGCACUGUGAUGAGAUCACUGGGACAGAACCCAACAGAAGCAGAGCUACAGGACAUGAUCAAUGAGGUGGAUGCUGACGGGAAUGGACAGAUCGAUUUCCCAGAAUUUCUCACAAUGAUGGCGCGAAAGAUGAAAGAUACCGACAGCGAAGAAGAAAUCCGAGAAGCAUUCCGAGUGUUUGAUAAAGAUGGCAACGGGUUUAUCAGUGCAGCUGAGUUACGGCAUGUUAUGACAAAUCUGGGAGAAAAAUUAACGGAUGACGAAGUGGACGAAAUGAUCCGAGAGGCGGAUAUAGACGGUGAUGGACAAGUGAAUUACGAAGAAUUCGUCUCGAUGAUGCAGUCAAAGUGAGGAAGAGUAAACAGUAACUCCGGAAAGUCAUUUGUUUUGUUAUACUUUAAUGUUACCUGUAUCUCACUCGUACAUCCGUCGCCACCAGUACACGGUCGAAGUCAUCCGGAGUGACGGAUGGGCUUUGGUAUGUAAGUUUUAACCCUCUAGUCACACUUAUUGAGAUCUCAGUAGAACUGAAGGCUAUGCCACUGUAAAAUAACAAUAUACCAGUAUCUACGGAUAUUUCAAAUAAAUUUUGACGUGGCUAACAUAAGAGUUUGUCACGUUGAAAGCUGUGUAUUUUCAAUCAAGGGUGCAAGUGUUUACAAAGUAUAUAAUUUCAGAUCUUUAUAGAAAUGGGCAUGUCUCCCUGGUGCAUAGCUAUGUUUCCGGGUACCAUAACCUACAACUACGUUUCUACACUUGAGAACAGGCAAUUUUCUGUAUAAAGGUUAUAGGCUGAUGGAGUAACAAAGGGAGGUAAUUACGGACAAGGACUCAAAUAUCCAUUCUCAUCUGUCACUGUGAGCUUUGGCCAAUCGUGAUGUCCUGAACACGUUACAGAGAGAGCAUUUACUCUAGGUGUUCUUCCCCAUUUUUCUACAUGUUCGAUUUUUAACAUUCCAUGCACCUUCCAUAUCCAUUGUAAUAGGGAUCUGUAGAUGCAAUAAGAAAAUUGGUCUCAAAGCAUUUAUCUUGAAUCAUAGCGAUAGCGUGAUCUUGGCUCAUUAUUGUUUAAGCCGAAGUUACAUAUCUAAAAUCUACGAUGUAUUUAGUAUUAUUUAUUAUUGUAUUUCAUGAAGAGCCUGUGGACUUCUUUGUUCCACGAUAGCUUAGACUUUGAUGACGUCAGGUGUAUUUAGAAUAAAACGUGUUUAGUUGAAUGAGUGAGGUAUCUUUGAACCUAUGGUGGGACCAGUGGUAAUUAACGAACGUCAAAAAACGAGCAUCAGAUAAAAUUCCCGAACUUUUUCUAGUUCUGCUUCAAAUUGUUUCCUCAAUACCAAAGAGCGUCUCUGUGACACUACAUACACGGAGGUUUAUUAAUUUCUGGGUCUUUCUAGGCAAUCCAACCCUUGUGAUAAGGAAAUGAAACACGAUGAAGGAUUAUAGGUAAUGCUGCACAAGAGAUCAAAGUGAAGGUUCCUGCCAAAGACGUGCUAAUUAUAGCUUCAUUUCUUGUUUAUUUCGUGACCCAUGUGUUCACGACGAGUUUUAAGUAUACGUGUACUCGCACUUUUGUCUUUUUGACAGGUUAUUGUAUUACUGGUACAGAUAAUCAGGUGAAAGUAAUAGCAAUGACCUUUGAUAAAAAUUACUCCUGGCUCUAGUGUUGUCCCCAGUAGGCCUACACCAUGGAUUGAUUUCAAGAUCUACUUGUGCAUAGAAAUUGAGAUAAAGGUCAGUAUUGCCAGUGGAUUUAAAUAAAAAAUUCGAAUCGAGAGUUGCGGCUAACGUCACCUAGGUAUGCAAAGCAUUCAUAUGUUGUAUUCGCAAAUCACUCCACCUCUGUAGCACAUAGCAUUUGAUAUUUACUUUUUUGAUAGCGCUAUAUUGUAUUGUAUUUUACGGAUUGUUACGAGAAUAGAUCAUAUGACGUUACGUGGCAUUAUAACAUUGGAAAUUAAAGACAGCUUCUUCAAAA